AUUAUUUUCAAUCAGACGCUUGUAUUGAAAAGGAAAGUAGAAAACGUGUUGUUUUGUUUUGAAAUCUGCCGGUUGGAUCAUUGUUUGUUCUCUUUUAAGAAACAAAAACAACCAUAAAGUUGAAUAGGCAAUGAUGAACAAAAUCUUGACACUUGUUCUAGUUAGGGAUGGAAAAAGAAUUUUACUUGGAAUGAAAAAAAGAGGAUUUGGUGAAGGCAGAUGGAAUGGAUUUGGUGGAAAAGUAGAAAAGCAAGAAACUAUUAUUGAUGGUGCAAAAAGAGAGUUAAGAGAAGAAUGUGGUCUGGUUAGUAAUAUCCUGGAGAAGAUAGGUUUGUUGAAGUUUGAAUUUGUUGGAGAACCACAGCUAUUGGAAGUCCAUGUGUUUACAACAGAACAGUUUACUGGUACAGUAGAAGAAUCUUCAGAGAUGAGACCUGAAUGGUUUGAUACCACUAACAUUCCAUUUGAUAAGAUGUGGCCUGACGAUAGAUUAUGGUUUCCACUGUAUCUAAAAGGUCAAAAGUUUUCUGGUUACUUCCUGUUUCAAGGUCAUGACAAUAUUCUAAAGUACACAUUAGAUGAAGUUGAUGACCUCUGAUAUUGAAUCAGUUAGAUGAACAGUCAUGCUUUUAGCAAACUAAGUGAAUAUAAGAUUGAUUCAGGUAUAAAAAUGUGAUGAUGUGAAAGAUUGUGUUACAUAAGAAGAAAAUGGAAAGCUUAAAGGACCAAACAAUAGUUUCUUUACUGCUGUAUACAAAGUGAUAAACAAGCUGAACUGUAUUGUAAAGAAAACGUCUAGGUGACAUGUACACAAAAAGAGGAGGGCUUUGAAAUAAAUGUGUAAAAGUACAAAAACUUUAACAAAUGUUUUCCUUAUUUCCAGCCUUGGAUUUUAAGAAAGGAAAUCUUGAAUAAUAAUUAUGAUAUGUAUUGUCGUAUGUAAACCAAGCUUGGUACAUUACUAGAUCCAUGUAGAGUAGAGAUGUGCAUU